UUGUUUAGCGAAGUCUAUAAAAAACUGGACCCGCAGAACUGAAGAUUUAAUUCUGUGCUUUUGCUGAAAUGUCCCAUGUUUCUGGGUCUGACUGAUCUAUGGAAUUAAAGAAAUUGAAAGGUUUAAAACUUUGCAUUGAAAUGCUGUUCUUUCCUCACCAUUUCCCCAUUUCUAGAGAAUCAGCAAGUGUCUGGACCUGUGGCUUUUCCUGCACUACCUGCUGCAAUAACUACUAUAAAUACUUCUGCACUGAACUGCUGUCUUUCCAGUGCACAUAGCAACUCACCUCAUUAUGCACUCCCAACAAUAGUAUCUUCCCACCUAGACUGCUGGUUUGGAAAGGAGGGGUAUAUUAAGCAGAUGAAGCUUGGAAGUUAAUCUGCUCAGGAAGUUAUAUUCCAGGUGUCAGAGAUGUGCACAUCCUCAUGCUUUGGAUAAAGCUUCUAUUUGGCAGUGCAAAAUGGGACCAAAAUAAUACAGCCUUGACUCAAUUGUAAUGUCCUUUUUCCUGCUGAAGUUGGCUUUGAACUGUGGAGCCCAAGUGCAGUCCUGGGUCUGGGCUCCAGAAAGCUGUGUGCUUCCUGGCCAGCCCAGCAGCCAGCAGAGAGCAGAUGGGCGAGGAACCAAGUGCAUGCGUUUUUUUCCACUUGAAUUUGUUCAUGCCUCUCUCCAAACAUAAGUCCACAGUGUGUCAGCCUCUAAUGGACUAUGUGAAAGGUGGUUUAUGUUUUCAGCAUCUGCUAAUUGACCUGGCCAGUUCUUACCCAGCAUGGUAGAGAGAGUGGGCUGGUCUCAUAUGAAGAGGAGAUGGGUGGGCCGGAAUUCCAGCUGCUUUCAGGAUUCCACAGACAACAGCGAGGUGCUGAUUCCCUGCAAAUAAGGGAAGAGAAGCCUGAUGGUGACUGCUGUCUUGAUUGGAGGAGAAAAAAAAUUUGUUGAAUUAGGUAUUAAAAAAAAUUAUUUUUUUUUUUAAGCUUGCUCAGCUACAUUUGGGCAAGUGAGCUGGAACUUGAUUUUUUUUGUAAAGGUAUUUAGGCAGCUAAUGGGCUUUAAGAAGUUGGCCUCUCAAAUGAGUCUUACGUAAUGCCAUGGGAAUCUUUGGCUGCAUCCCAACCGGUCAAGUCUGUGGAAGCCCACAGACCAAAACUGGGUAUACGGAAGUGGCACCUGCUGUGGUUUGAGGAAGUGGCAAAUGCACCUGCAAGCCAGCAGUGCAGCUCCAGCUCUUUACGGCAAGGUUGGCUCUGCACUCAGGAUUUACACCAAAUCUGCAGGAGGCUGGAUUACUUUCUUCCAAGUAUGUCAUGAGCAGUGAUGUCACAGUGUCCCUGGCUGGAGCAGACAAAAAGGGAUCAACCUAAGCUGGAGGAAGUGGCUGUAUUCUGUGGGUUGGUUGUCCUGUCUCUUCCUCUCCCUGCCUCCAUGCUGCAUUGGCAUCUCUAGCUCUAUUUUUAGCACUCCUUUCCCUGGAGGGCCUAUGCUGUUUGAGUAUUGGAUAUGCCAUGGCCUGGUCCCAAAUUCAAAAUGUCUCUUUCUGGAUGGAACAGUGUGUACUUCCCUGUUGCAGCUCAUGCCCCUUUCCUCUCAUGGUCUCUGUCAGCAGACACUUGUGCUUAGAUUUACCGCACAGAAUUCCUUUGCAGGUCAAGUAGUUUUUAAUCUGUGUUUUUUCCCCUUGGUACACAUGAUGGUUUAACAUGUGGCAGGCUGUGGGCCUGACUCUGCCUCACACCCAGGGGAUUUCAGUAGGAGCUGUGCCUGCAGCCUGAACCCUACAUCACAUCCGGGCAGCUGCAGAGGAUGCAGUCAAGGUUCCAGAAAGUUACUGAGCAUGAACAUUUAGCCAGCAGAUCAUAUAUGUGAAAAAGCAUAAUGCUGUUCCUUCACAGAAGUUUAAUUUGAGCCUUUUUUUGGAAAAACAAAAUAAACCCAUCCCCCCUGCCACCUCCAUGCACGGGAUCCAGUUAAAACUGACUGUUCUUGUCCUAAAGAACUGUGCAAACUACAAGAAUGGAUAAGAUACUCCUUCUAUCUGCCCCUCCCUAUUUUUGGAAGGAGAGAGUUGUUUUGGGACUUCAUAGAGUGCUGUGUUUUGAGAUGGAAAUGCAUAUGCCGAGCUAUGUACACACCCUGCUAAACUAGAGCAGGGUGACAGGACUUGUCAAAGGAUGUCAAGUGGCUAAAAUGAUUGUUUAAUUCUAGUUUAUGUUGUACAAUUUUUUUUCUAUACAGAUUAGUGUAACUAACUGUGUAGUGUGUGGAGGUUGGCACAGCUGACACAGAAUAGAUGUGGGCUUGGAUGUAGGUACAUGAGGUCACAUCGCAAUGCUUCUGACUUGAACAACUAACAACUCUAGUUACAGGCUACAUGCCCUACAUUAAGCAAGCCUAUAUUAGAUUCUACCUUAUAGUGAGAAAGCAGAAGAUUUGAGUAACAGUCAAAGACUACAUCUGACCAUGGUAAAACGUUUCUAAAAAGCUGGAGGACUAGUGGUGAGUCCUCUUUUCCCAAAUGCCGCCUUGGGAUUAAUGCCUGACAAAUUUAUCUGCUUUUCUUUCCUUGAUGGUUCAAUUUAGGCAAGUAAGUGAAGAUACAAGGUGCUAAGUAAGGGACCUGCCUGGCAUGUAAUUGCUGCCAGGACUCAGCAGCUCCUAUUGAAGUGAGGAAUACCAUCACUGUUUGCAAAUACCGGCUGCACAGACACUCUGUGUCUUACAUAGCACAUUAGCUGGUAUUUACAAAACAUAAAGGUAGCAAACCCUGUAAUUCCCCCAAGAAAGCUGACUUAAUCCCGAUUGGUAGGUGUUGUUGUGUUGACUGCUGCAAUGAACAGCAUGGGUGGAGCAAGUAAUUUCUGCUAGGGAAAUUUGGGAGCUUGUUGUGUGUGUUUGGCUAGAAGCAGUUAUUGGGUGUAGGUGCUAAGAGGUGUUUAAAAUAGACUGCUGGGUGCCUUGGUUCCCACUGCCUGACUUUACAUACUCACAUGACGAGUGGGUCCAAACUUCCGGCUCUUUCUUCCAUUGCCAGAUAGUCUCAGGACACUGCACUUAAGAAAUCUGGGCUGAGUUUUGUGGGAAAGAAGAAGGAGGAAAGGGAGAAGAGUUUUGAAAAGCUGUUCCAUACCUUAGCAUCCCCAAAUGGAUCAUUUUCAGAUUCUAAUCAACUGCACCCUGUCUGACUCGGGGACCACCAGCUUUGUACAGUUCAGUGGAAAGGGAAAUAGGAUGGAAAUUAAAUUAUAAACAAGGCACUAUCUGUGCUGUGGCAAGCUAUAUCUAAACUUUGGGGCAGGACUGUCAGAUAUCUGCAAGUGACCACUGUCCCAUGAUGCUGUAUUUUGUUGCUCUUUGGCAGGGGGAAGUAAAUGUUGCUCAUCUUUCAAUUCAUCUGAAAGUAAGAAUACCCAUUGCAGUCUUGGAAGAGACCAUCUUUAAUUACAGUCAGUGCAUUUAAUCCUUCCCCUAAAUUUGUUUAUAUAUACACCUCACUGUCUUCUAUUCAUCUCUAAUUACAAGGUUUAGAUGAGGGAGUUGGAGACAUACAGCAAGACAUUUGGGGACAUGUAUUAUUAAUUACUUCAGUGUGAUUGCUUUUCUUCUCUUCAUUUGGCAUUCUCACUUGGGGUCUGAACCAGCCUUCAGUUGGCUGGAACAGUCACCCUGCUGUUGUCUCAGGGCACCUCAACUGUUUUGCUGGAGCACAUCUCCAGUAUCUACAUUUGUAAAAGACAGCAGUGCCCAACCAUCUCCUUCCUCCCCAAAAGCCACUAAACUUCACUUGUGUGUGCUCAAGCUGCCAUCAUUAGCUGCUCUCUCUAAGAUGGCCACAAAGCUUUGGUGGGCACAUGUACUGAGGAAGUAAUAGCAAAAGCAAAAAUGGAAGUAACACACAGCGCUGAAUAUCUCUUUUUGAUAGUUUCCUGCUCAGAGCUUAAAACUUCCUACCUCUGAGAAUGAGAAAGUGAUUGUUUAGGUGCUGGAGAGAGUUGCCUUAACUCUGAUUAGGUUUUAAAACAGUGGUGUAAAUUGCUGUUGUUUCUUUUGCAGCCUCGUGCACACGGAAAUGUGGAGUCCCUACAGCAUUUGUCAGGCUAGUUAAAUUGGAUGCUUGUAUUUACUUGGUAUUUGGAUAUGGGGGUACAACAGACAAUAAAACCACAGUCACAGGUAUCCAGUGUUGCAGAUAUUAGUGCUUCACACUCGUUUAACUUGAUGCAGGAAAAGGUUGCUUAAUUCUGGCUGUCUGCAAUCCCAAGGCCUUGUGCUCAGUGUGUGACAGCAAUGCAUGUUUUUAAUUUAGCUAAAAUAAUUCAACUUGACUUGCCUCUCCUUUAAUUUGGCAUCAUACAGUGGUGGUGUAAGAAAAAAUAUCUUGAACACAUUUCUCCCCUCAUUUGACAUACGUAUAAAAUAACCAGGUCUAUAGGGAGGCUUAAAAUUAGGCAGAAAAAAGCUCACUAGGCCCAGUACUGUGCUCUCUUGGCUUAGUGCUGUGCUGCAGCUCAACUUCUCUAGGCUUAUUUAAGCAUUGUAGUCUCUCUCCCCCCUCCUUUUUUUUUUUAAGAUCCUUCCUGUUGGCAGCUGUCCUGAGACACGAUGUUCUUGCUUAGCAUUUUGAUGUGGGGAAACAGUUCUGAUAAUUAAAGCCGGUUUCAAGCCAUGAGCUGAUUUGUAAGCAGUGACUUGCUCUGGGGUGUUGUCAGUCGAUAAAACGUGUAGCUUGUGUGUAUAGAGCCAGUCUACACCUUGUGCCUUAAACUCCAUGUGAGAGGGACAGACACGCUCUCAGGAGCCGCUUCUGGAUGAGACAGACUGCAUCCUCUUCAACCACCUGUUGGUGAAUGGUUAAUUUGUGGAAAAUUAUCAUUAUCAUCCUUUUCCCCUCUGUGUGUUAACCUGGUGCAAACCUGUUGUUGUUACGCAGCUUUUCCUUGUUUAAAUAAAUGCAGUUCUCUUUGACCCACUCUGCAGUCCUCAACAAAUUCCUUGCAAGAGUACUGUGAAAGGUGGCAAAUGCAAACACACCUGUAGCAGAACUGCAGACCCACAGUGUGGGUUUGGAUGUGCUGUGGAAAUUUGCUUUGUGGUGUUCCACUGCCAGCAAGGGCCAAAGCGUUACUGCUCUCAUGUAAAUGGUUGCAAGUCCUAAUCCACUCUUGGGGUUUCUGUGGGCAGCGGGUGUAAGUACGUGUGUGCCUCCAUGUAACUUCAAGUGGGAAUUAGAACUGCUUGAUCCUGUAGUGGCAUGAUCUUGUGAUGGCACUUUCCUUAUCUAAUUGGGUCUGACACUAUUCUGAGGUAGCAGACAAACUUGAGUCUCCCUGCAGUGUAAUCUAAGAAACUUGAGUGCCAGUAAGACAGAUGGGUUUGAGAGGUCUAAUUUAGGAGGACUACUAAAUUGCAGUGUGUGCAUUUCAAUGUGCGAAACAAAUGGGCUGGCUGAAUGAAGUAUUAAAUAAGUUUAUUAAAAGCAUGGCUGAUUAGUUUUUUGUGGACUCUGUUUUCAGUGUGUACAAAGGUAUUUCCAUCACUUGUGUAUUUCCCCACAAGGCACUGUUGUUCAUCUGCCUGGAUUAGGUAGGUACUGUGUGACACUGAGCUCGUGGUACUAGGUGACACCUCCCUCACUGUUGCUUAAAAGCAUUUGAGAGGUAAAUGUUAAAGGCAGUCAUUAGGUAACGGGGCCAAAAAUAGAAGACACCUGAAAAAGAAAUUCCUUUUCUGUAGCUCUAAGAAUUGUUCGUAUUUGCCUGACAUUGACUUUGAAGGUUUAAAAUACAGAAAAUUGUUCUUUAUGGAUGAGCACAACCUAAAGGCUGAAAUGCUAAAAUAUAGGUUGGAAUCUCUUUUUUUUUUUUCUUUGCAGAAGAGAAAUUCACACAAGGGCAAAAACAUACUGCAGUGGGUUUUAGCUGUUUCCAUAAUGUUUGAUUUCUGCUGCCUCAGAUUCUUGCAAGGUCAGAUAUUUUAUUGCCUGUGGUUGAAGGAUGUAGAAUCUCAUACAUGUAAAUUUGUGAUGGUCACCAUCCAGGAAAGACAAAUUAUAUCCAGCUGCUGGUCAUUCCAGCCCAAAGCAAGCCUCAGGAGCUGCUGUCAUUUCCUCAUCUUUGCUGCUGUCCCUGCCUUAUGGCAGUACACAGGCCACCACAGCUCACCUUCCGGUGGGAACUGGAGCAUAAAGUGCAUCGAAGUCUGCUUUGGGCAUUUUGAGAGGCGGGCUAAACUCCGGCUAUAUUUGGAACAGCUAAAACAGCUUGUGCCUCUCGGGCCGGACAGCACCAGACACACCACUCUAAGUCUGUUGAAAAGAGCUAAGAUGCAUAUCAAGAAAUUGGAAGAACAGGACCGAAAAGCUCUAAAUAUUAAAGAACAAUUACAGCGGGAACACCGCUACCUCAAGCGCAGAUUGGAGCAGCUAUCCGUGCAGGGCAUGGAGCGUAUCCGCACUGACAGCAUGGGAUCAACAAUAUCCACUGACUCUGAACAAGAAGUAGACAUUGAAGGAAUGGAGUUUACUCCAGGUGAAAUGGACAGUAUUGGAAGUGCCAGUGAUGCUGAAGACCACUACAGUUUGCAAAGCGGUUCGAGUGACGGAGGUUACACACAUUCCCGCAGACUGAAUGCCAGGCUCUCAUAGUGCCUGAGUUACCUGUUCAACUCAGGACCAUCUGACUGAAGCACUUAUAUAUGAAUAUUCCAGAGGUGUCAACUGCCACUCUUCCGGGAAACCCCAACCACAGUACUCUGACAUGGAGGUUUCUUACCCACGGUUCCCUGCACUGUAACCACAAUAUUAGAUAUUGUAAAUCAUGGGUUUGCUGCAGAGAACUGUGGUUAGGUACAGUUGUGACUUAAAGCUAGCUUGAUGUAGCCAUACUGCAAAUUAAAGGAAAUAAAUUAUGUCAUUCCAUUCAAGAAGAAUUAAAUUCAAACUGUUGGAAGCAUGGCGUAAGGGAGUUUGACAGUUAUUUUGAUUUUGCAGAAACCAUUUUUUGAACAUGGAAGAAUAAAUGGAAUCUACAAUGUGUUAGUGAUUCAGAGAUACAAAAAAACCUACUUUUUGUGGUAUUUUUUCAUGAAAAAAAAAAAAAACAAACCCCCAAAAUAUUUUGAAUGCUGCAUAGUGGGCUUCAUAGAGCAAAUUCUUUCAGCAGUUGUUUGGGUAAAGCAGGCAGAUAAAUCUUCAAAUCUCAGAUGAUCUUUAGAAAAGGUUGUAUUUACAAGUCACUACUGUACUUCAAAACGGGGGAAAAGCCAGCUCUAAUAAUGACUUCAUGUGGGAUGAUCUCAACUUUCUUUUGCUUUUUGUAUUCAAUAUCCAACCAGCAGCAAAUCAUUCUAUCCAUGUUAAUGGGAGCAGUAGAAAGCAACAUGGCAGUUUUAACCUGUUAUCGUGGAAUGGAUGACAUCUGAAGCAUUUCAGUGGUUUUAUGGGUUGUUGUUUUCAUUUCUUUCUCUGAAGAAUACAGAACUCAAGUGAUCCAGUUUGUGAUAGUUAAUCUUUCCUUACAAGGAAAUGAAAUCUGUUUGCUUGUAUUUUUUUUCUUUUCUUCUAUUUACACAUGUCAAUACAUUUUUAUGGAAGGCAUGGCUUAAGAUUACAGUAUUCAGCUAGAAGAUAAUUAUUUUUUUUCUUUUGCACACUAUAAUUGCAUUUUCUAUUCUUAAAAAAAAGUGCAAAAAAAUUAAAAUGUAUGCUGUAAAACAGCAAAGUUUAUUUAGUACUCAUCAAGCUGUUCAGAACAUAUUUACCCAACUUGUAGCAAUACUAUGAAGAUGUAUUUUAAUACAACUUCUGCUUAGUGAAGUCAUUAGAGCUUGGCUUGCCGGGUAAGAAAAAAAUGGACCAGUCUUUGCAUUACCUGUUUAAAGAAGGUCUUUUAAAAAAAAAUAAAGGAAGGAAAAAAAAAAGGAAAAAAAUUAAAAAUUAAAAAAAAAAGAAAAAAGCUAUAAACACUUUUAGGGAAGUGAUUUUAGCAAGUGUAGUCUAUAUUUCCUGUAAGAGAUUUUGUAUUAUAUUUUCCUAAAUGUUCUCAUUUACUUGUAUAGGGAGGGGAAUGGUACAGACCCAGACCAGAGUCUCAGGGACUCUUCACCUUUGUCAUAUUGUGCCUUGGUGACCAUUUAUGUAUGCCUCUCCUUUUCAUUGUUUAAAGGACAACUAAGCUUUGUUUCAAGACCCUCUGUUCAAAUGGUCAGUUGUCCACCUUCUUGCGGACGAAGCAGAGGUGUGUAUUUAUAUCUUCACCCUCUCACAACUGAUUCAGUGUGGCUUUAAGUAAAAUCAUAACAUUAGGUUUUGGUGCGAGGGUUAAUUGUCUUUGUAUGAGCCCUCCCUUGGAUUCUUCAGCACCCAAAUCUAUAUUUUGUUAGCUUAUAAAGUCAGGGUCUCUGUGAGACCAGCGCUCAGUGGCUGAGGAAACACAAACGUACUGUGUAAGGCUAUGGGAUGUCCAAGUGUGGUGCCAUUUUUAGCAUUUGGAUACAAGACCUCAUGACAGACUGACCAUAAUGAUCAAAAACAAAGGUUCAGUUGUUCUUUCAACAUCUGACAUACGUGUCCUCCCUUUGGCUCUUACAACACGGGGUAGAAAUAUGAAAUCAUUUUGUGGCAGCUUACAGAUCCUUGUUUGCACUCUCGCUUACUGCUUGGAACUUGCCAACAAGGAAAACAUACAUUUAAUUUACAUAACCUAAUGGAUGGCCACCCCUACUUUGGCUCUGGGGAGGGGCCUAAGGUUAUCAACUCUGGCAGCUGAAUUAAAAAAUAAUUAACAAUUUUCUGUGAUGCAGGUUUUGGUAUUACGUUCUAUACACCUUGCAUAUUACUAAAAUCCUCAUUGUUGGGGAAAGCACACAGCAAUAUACUCAUUGUGUGUAGCUGACAAGCAGCAGAAAUUACUAGCUCCUUUGGUGCAUAUGUAACUAAUUUCCAAAUCAUGGAAAAAAAAAAAAAGAGUUUACUUUAACACACGACUGUUAACAGGAAAAAAAAAGGCUAGUAUAUUGUUGCUGUUCAUUUAUUAUAUAAUGAACACAUUCAUGGAUUGUAAAGUGUUUCCUUUCAUGACAAGCAGCUCUUGCACAGAACCUCCGAAUGAAAAAAGAUUUGAAACUUACAGAAGGAAAAACGAGACUUUAAAUUGAACAUUAUUGUACCUUAGGUCAACCUGAAAUUUUCCUUUUAAAGAUGAAUGUGCUAACUUAAUGAGUUCUUCCACGCUGGGUAUCCAUGGCUUUGUAGAUCUUAUAUUUUCAAUAAAAAUUACUCGAAUAAUCUUGAGUGGAAAUAAAAAGGGUUUAUUUGUUUUUACUUUUUCAGUUAUUACAGCUGGGAGCUAUUAUGCUGGUAAAGAAAAAUGACACCAUACUGCCUGUGUCAUUCUCCCUCAAGCGCAGCCCAGUUUAAGGUGGAAUUUUCAGGCACAGCUUCCCCAGACAGCAGCAGCCCAGUUAGGGGCAAUGGCACAACAGUUCCAAGUGUCGGGCUUGGUGGCUGCUCUAACCCCCCCCAGCAGAGCUGCAGUCCCACAGGCUUAGUUGAGACUCUGACAUUCCUUCAGGGACACAAUUCUCCUGCUACUGAGCAGCCAGUGCAGCGCUACCUGUGGCCGUAACCCCGUGGGAUGCAAAGUGUGUUAUUGUUAUUCAUUUUUUUAAGCUGGACAUUUGUGCGUGCAUCUGUGUGUGCACACAACUGUACCUGUAACCAUGACAUGACUGCAAAAAGCAAACUGUUGGCUGCAAGAUUAAAUCCUGCCACCACCUCGGCAGCUCUGCCAUGUUGUGUCCUGACGGUGCUUUUAGCAGGCGAGGAGGUACCAAGUGCUCAGCUCAUCUUAAUUCCCCUGCAAUUAGCACAUGGGAAAAGAAGGAGUAGAGGCAAGAUUACAGGGCUGCUAGGUCUUUUCCUCUGUGGAAAGGGCUCUGGAGAGAUGAAGUCAUCGAGAAGUUCUUUUUAUGGAGACAUGGAGGUUUGGCCUGUUUCCUGAGGGGAGAAGAAAGGAAGGGCUUUCCCUUGCAGCAGGCAGGUGUGGGGAGGAUACGCACCUCCUCACUGCUCCUGGAUUAGCGCUUCCUCCAGCUCCAGGAGCGCACUCUGUCAUCACCACAGAGUGGCAUAAAAAAACAGCCUAAAAUUGUUAGUUUUUUCUGCACAAUUCUCCACUGUAAUUCAGGGGAUGAAUCCUCCUUCACAUCCAAUCUCUCUGCCCAACUUGUACCCUGCCAGGCCCAUUGCAGCUGAUUUAUUUAUCUUCUGAAAAGAGCAGGUUUGGCAGUAGAAACUCUUCAACACAUUGUUAACCAGAGACUGGAUCCUGUAUUGUCUUGUGCAAAGGACAAACUCGGUUCAGAGAGUUUUACUGGAUUAAAUCAGAUAUAAUAAGCCCCCUAAAAAUCCAUGAGAAGGCUAGUUUUUCAUCUGGUGUUUGUAUAUUAGUUUCUAUCCUCAUUUAUUAGUGUAAGCUUUGGGAUGAAAAAAAAAAGACUUAAAAUCUAACACAACUUGCAUCUAACUUAUAGAAUUAAGACUGUGUGUUACUUUUUUUUACAUGGAUGAGUAUGGAUUCAGCUAUACCACACACAGCCCACCAACAUUUAGUAUUAAAAGUAAAAAAAAAAAAAUUCUGAGCAUCCAACUGUACCCAUUUCAGCACAUGAACUUAAAUGCCAAAAGAGGAGAACUGAGAAACGGAAAGAGGUGGUGACUGUGGGCUCUGCCUGCAGACCUACUUCUGCUUUUCCUGGAGGUACUUAGCAGUCUCUGCUCCCGGAACAGGUGAUUAUUUCACCAUUUUACCAACUUUUUGGCAGACUGGUAAUUAGCGGUGAAAUUUUUGAUCCUCGCAGAGCAGCCCUGUGGAGAAGAAAUAUUUUUGAAAACAGCCACAUCAUCACAGUUUUUAAUUAAGUAAUAUUAAUUUUAUACACUUCAUUUUAUGAUGGCACUGAUAAAGGAAUGCUUGCAAAACAAAUUACUCUUUCAGAAACCUGUUGUGUUUUUUUUUUUUUAACUGGUAGAGGCCACUGUCUUGUGUGGUAUGAGCCAGUAACAGUGCACUGACUUGCACUUUCCAAAAUUGGUGGAAGGAUAAUUGAAUCUCUUUAGAUACCCUUUAAGGAAGAGCUGUACUCCCUACAAAUACUAAUGGGGCAAACACACCAGAAAUUAAUUUCACCAGCAAUGAAAUGAGCCAAUUUGCUUAAGUGACUGCCUAAAAGCACUGUUCUUAAUUGGUAGCUGCAAAGAAAACAUUCAAGUGUGUUCCGUAACCACCCAGAAUUAAAAUCCAGGGGAUAUAUGAAACAGAAAAGUCCAGAAACCAUUUGGUCAUCUUGACUGUUCUCUCUGCCUGAAGUAUUGUAAAUAACCCCAGGAAAGGAUUCCUAGGAAGGCAUGGCCAGCCAGAGGCUGGCCCACUGGCAAAGCAGAGGGAAGGCACCCCAAUUUCAGAAUUUCUUUCUUCCAUUUUGCACGAGAGGCAUAAACUGUGGUUACACGGGAUUUAUGGCAUUGGAAGGGUCUGUGCAAUACGGAUGUUUAAGUGAUGAAACUUUGGUGCAGGUGAAGCACUGACUGAGAGCCUUCUGCUGCUUACUGGUGAAAUUGUUACCUAAAGGUGUUACGAGUGGGUUCUGUGCCAGAGCCUCUGGGUCCCAGAGCCAAAGGAGUGGUUCAUAGUUUGUGAGAUGCAUUUUACUGUAUUAUACAGAUUCAUUUGUACGCACGUACAUGGCGCUUGCUACGUUCUGUAGCACACGGAGUACUGUGUUGUAUCAUUAUCUCGUCAUAAUAUAAAUACAAAUUUUUAUACCUUUU